UAGUUAUAAAAAAUAUAAUAAAUAUAUACUGCACUAUCUGUGAAAUUAUUUACAUUAAGAUUUUAUUUAUAUCGAAUAUUUAAGAGUAUAAUGUCCCUAGUAUGCAUUACAUUUGGUAACUAAUUUUCUUAACCUCUUUAAAUUUUGUUUUAUGCAAUAUUAUAUAUUAAAUGCAAUGUUGACAGGUUGGUUAACAAAUAGUUUUCGUACUAUACAUAACCUCAAUAUUAGAUAUAAUGUAUGUUCUUACUUACUUAUGCAAACUCGAGAUUAUGCAGCUAGAAAAGGGACAAGAGAAAAGAGAUUAUUGGCCAAAAAAAAACGAGCUAAAAAACAAGUAAAAGUUGAACAAAUAGGAUAUGUUCCAUAUAAACAGCGUAAAAAACAAAAAAUAGUAGAAGUUUGUCCACUUAAUACUAUAGAUGAUAGUUGGAAAUGGAAAGCAGUUGAUAAUGUAUGGAUAGUAAAAUAUCAUCAACAACCAAUCUAUUCUUUCCAAGAAGCUAUAGAAUGUCAUCGUGAAACACAUCAUCCAACUAUGUAUAAUAAACCUAAUGCAAUUGUUAAUGCAUUUAUAGAAUUAGAUAUGAAGCGUGAAAAGAAGAAUAGAUUUGUUGAAAAAUUUACAAGAAUAGUUGAUACACCACAUAUAUUUCAACAUAAUGGCAAUAAAAGAACAAUAUUAGCUUUUAGUAAGAAUUUAGAAGAACAAGAAAAUGCUAGAGCUGUUGGAGCUGACUAUUCUGGUGGUAUUGAAUUAAUAAAAAAAAUUCAA